GCUGCGGGAACGGCGGCGGGUCCGGGGCUGCCCGGGGGAAGCCCGAAGCGAGGGCGGGGAUCCCCGGCUGUGCGGCGCAGGAGGACACGUCCAUAGGAUGGAGUCAGAGCACCUCAGGUUGCGUCAGGCCAACCAGGACCUUCUACAAAGGCUCAGAGUGAAGCAGGAAGAGAUAAGAAAAAGUCUUCCCAGCAAGCCGCUUCUUCCAGCAUCUCUUUAUAAUAGAGCAACUGCUGAAGCAUCUGUCCCCUUGCCCAAGAGAGGGAAGGAAAAUCAAGUUGAUCGUGUGUUCACACAGCAUGAUCCUGCAACGUUGGUGUCUGUGGAACCCAGAGCUUGCACAGCCAGAGCAGCCCUCUGUUCAUCACUCAAACACAGCAGCAAUGACAGAGGGGUGCAGCAACAAACGAGGAUGCAGGAAUCAAUUUUGCAAUCCUGUUUUCCUGCUAAAGAGAAAAAUCUUAUACCUGUGCCUGCAGUCAUUACAUGUGAGAGAGAAACUUGUGGACUGGUUGGGGAUAGCCAUGCUCAAGGAAGUGCAGAGGAAGGCUCCUUCCUUCUUGGACGUGAAAAGAACAGAAGACAGACCACUCUUCCUUGUGGUUCCAGUGAGAAGAAUGAGCUUAGGGGUCAUUUGGACCCAUCAGCAAACAGGACACAAAGUGCAGAGACCUCCAAGGAAGCCACAACACCUAAAUCAAUCCUGCUGACAUCUCAGUCCAAAGGGUUGAAGAAGGAAGCUGGUCGUGUGACUUUUCAAGAUGAACCUGAAGAAUACACUGUGCCUGCGAGUAGCUGGUCCGUGCGUCCAUUCCUGGGCUACGACUGGAUUGCAGGGCUUCUGGAUACAAACUCUUCAGUAGAAGAAAAAUCUGAUCAAUAUUUUGCUGAGCUCCACGAGUUUCGACAGGCCAACAAAGAAGCAUGUAUCUCUGAGCAGCACAUGGAGACUGAGCCUCUGGAAUGCAUAAUUCCUGAACAAGACUUGAUAGCCAGUUCCCAUAAAUGUGUUUACUGUUACCGAUUAAACCGGCGCCUCUUUCCUGUCCCUAUGGAUUCAGAUUCUGCCUGUCCUGUCUGUAAGGUCCCACGUACCCACCAGCCCCCAGAGACACUGGAAGAGCCAGCCUAUGUCAGGGUCAGCAUUCCCAGGUCUACUCUUAUGCCUGCCUACAAAUACAAAGCUCACUGCAGGAAAAGCUUUGAACCAGCAGACAGCCUUGCAUUACCUUUGCAUUGCCUGGUUGGCUGGGAAAAUACCAUUCCUUCCAGUGACCCCACAGUCAGCAGUUUGGACCUGCAAGCUUCACUGAAAGAGAAACCUCACCAUUCCCUCUCACCUGAACCUGGUGUCCAGAGUGUCAGGAGGAGCCAGAACUGACCAGCUUUUGAACCUGACCUCCUCAACACUCUUCAGAUUAAGCAGUGCUUCUCAGCAGAGGGACCAAAACAAACAUGGACAUUGCAGAGCAGCUUCACUUGUAAAUACUACUGCCUCAGCUGUGGACCACUGACUUGUUGGCCCUGGGGAAGGGAUGGGGGCAGGGAGUGGAAACAAGUUAAUUUGUUCAAAAAUAAAUCCUGGAACGAGGAGAUUUUUUUUCUAAUUUUUGUAGUCCCAUAUCUCUAUGAGCAAGCAGUCCACUUACUUCACUGUACAAACUCAUGGCUUUUCACUUUGCACAUUUUGCAGCUACUUCUAAGCAGAUGCAGGAGCUUUCCUACCUAAGGCUUUUAAAGAGAUGUGGACUGGAUAAGUAGAAGAACCAUAGCAACAGAUGUGUACAGGGUUCAUCUGCCAUUUCAGUUAAGCAAAUCAGAAAUGUAGUGUUAUCUGAGAAUGCUAGGGCAAGGAAUUAGCUUAUGGAUGGCCUUGUUCAAUGGGAAGCACACAGAUAUGCUUAUUUUCAGACAUGGGAAGCAUAACAAAUGCAAAUCACUAAUGCCUUAAACUUGAGAUACUCAACAGUGUAGUUAAAAAAUCCAGUUUAUCUUCAGUGUCUGUAGCUACAGGGUACAUUACAGAGCCAUUAUAAACUUGGAAAAGCACAUUUUAUUACUCAAAAACCUAGAAAAUGCCUUCAGAUAUUUGCAAGUUACACUUACCUCUACUUUUCCAAAGUUUUUAGAGGUUAGCAAAAAAUCUUUGUGGAGAACAGUUUGAGAGCAAAAGCAAUUUGUUCUGUAUGGUUUGAUUUGUUUGAACUUCGUGGUAUGAUCUUUCCUUAUCUAAAAAUGAUAACACAGACGUCAUGUUUUGUCUCCAGUAAUCCUGAAAGAUAAAUUCCUUUCUUAAGAAUUCUGGAAGUUAUUGUGUAAUCUUGAUUUGCAAUUGCAUUCAUAAACUUUAAAUCAAGUUUAUUGGUGAGAGCAAACUUCACAGAAAGCUUUGGGUUUGCACCAGUAUUUUCAGCUUCCUGCUGUUCGGUGUUAAUUAAUGUCCCCAAUAUUUAUAAAACAAAUGUAUGAUUAGACGUUUUUAAGCAAGGGAGCAGUGUUGCAAGUGAAUGAAGCCUUACUGUGUGACUGGAAUGGAAAAUGAAUGGCCUGACUGACUAGUUUUGCUUUGGGUUGAAUAUUUAGGGUAAAGGGAAAGGAAUUGAUCACGUUCAUUCCUCUAAAGCACGAUCCCAAGCUGUCUCUCCCUUCGUAAUGUUUUUUCCUAUGUUCAUACAUGCUCUUUCAGAUGGAGCUUCCCAGAAUUACUCGGUCUUAAAGUCUAUCUAUUGAGAUAGAUAGAGGUAAUAAUCUGAGCUGUCCCAUGUGCCCUUAUUGCUAAUAAAAAUUUCACUUUCA